GCUCUGGAUGAGGAUGUCCCCGUAGCUGGGACUGGGGUCUCGUUUGAUGCCAAGGACUUCCUGCACAUCAAAGAGGUGCUAUUCACGGAUACGAAUCAUUUAUAAGUAUACAACAGCAGGAGAAGAAGCAGAAACAGGAAGUACAAUAAUGACUGGUGGAUUGGGCGUUUAGUGAAGGAGGGCUGUGAGAUCGGCUUCAUCCCAAGCCCUUUAAAACUGGAAAACAUCCGACUGCAGCAGGAGCAGAAGAGGGGACGAUUUCAUGGGAGCAAAUCCAGUGGGAACUCGUCCUCUAGUCUGGGUGAGAUGGUGUCGGGUAAGCAAAAGCAGAAAGUGGCAGAGCACAUUCCUCCAUACGACGUGGUUCCUUCCAUGAGACCAGUGGUGCUGGUGGGACCCUCUCUCAAAGGCUAUGAGGUGACAGACAUGAUGCAGAAAGCACUCUUUGACUUCCUUAAGCACAGGUUCGAUGGAAGGAUAUCCAUCACCAGGGUAACGGCUGACAUUUCUUUGGCCAAGAGGUCAGUACUGAAUAACCCCAGUAAGAGAGCCAUGAUUGAGAAACCCAACACGCGCUCCAGUCUGGCGGAGGUGCAGAGUGAGAUAGAGCGUAUUUUUGAGUUGGCCCGGUCUCUGCAGCUCGUUGUUCUGGACGCGGACACCAUAAACAACCCGGCUCAGCUCAUUAAGACCUCUUUAGCUCCCAUCAUCGUCCACGUCAAAGUCUCCUCGCCCAAGGUGCUCCAACGUCUGAUCAAAUCCAGAGGAAAGUCUCAGAGCAAACACCUGAAUGUGCAGCUCGUUGCAGCUGAAAAACUCUCACAAUGUCCUUCUGAGAUGUUUGAUAUAAUCCUGGAUGAGAACCAAUUGGAAGAUGCGUGUGAACACCUGGCGGAGUACCUGGAGGCGUAUUGGAGAGCCACACACACGUCUCUGAGCACUCCCCUCAACCCUCUGCUGGGACGAAACCUGGGCUCCACCGCACUCGCCCCCUAUCCCGCUGCCAACCAGGCCCAAAGAAACCGCAACAGUAACCACACAACGUCGGACCACUCUCCAGUCGAGCGUCGCAGUCUAAUGCCUGCAGAUGAAAACUACCACAACGAACGUGCUCGCAAGAACCGCAAUCGCCUCUCCUCUGGGUCCCAACACAGCCGGGACCACUCCCCUUUGGUCGAGGAGGACUUCCAGGACCCCUACCAGGACUCCUAUAAACCCCACCGCAACAGGGAGUCUCCGGGCGGGUACAGCCAAGAAGCAAGACACCGCGUUUAAACUUAGAACCACUUCAAUCUAGACAAGUCUUGUCAAAUUGGAAGCUAAGGACCACAAUAUAGUGAAGUUUCUACGCCUAUCUGGACCAAUAUAACAUGUGUAGGAUUUCACGUUCCCUGCAAAAUGUAUAGCUCUUGUUGUAUAUGACCAAUGUUGAUGGAAGGAGUAGCACAAGAGCAUACACUAAGGGAUUUAAACAGGCUUUUUGAAGCCGAAAUUCAUGUGUGAUGUUACUGUAGCAUGCAGGGAAGGCUAUGAACAGGUGAACUGGCAAGCCCAUGGCCAAAGUACUCAGCAACAAUGAAAAAGACCAACUCAGAACCAGUUUGCACGCACCAGGAGCUUGUGGAAAAAGUUUAGAGGCUCCGUGAGUUUGUUUGUCUUCGAUGUGAGUGAAAAUAUCCACUCGAUGCCUGCGCUGAAAAAUUGCAUUGAUUUUGAAUGGUGAAUUACUGCCCCAAUCAUGAUGCCAUUUUGAUAGUCUAGCCUGGCCAGCCAUACACAUCUUCAAAAAUGAUUUUAUUACAACUUUGUUUAGCUCAUGUUUUUAAAAUUGUGCUUUAUUUUAAAUUAAUAAAACAAUACCCAGCCUUAAAAAAUAAUCUCUCAAACCACUUCUUUUUUUAUUUAAAAUUUUAUGCAAUUAAAAUGAUUUAGAUUCUUAUUUUGAGUUUUUUACAAAUUUUUUUAAAUUAAUAUUGUUAUUUCAUAUGGAGUGAAUAAAUAUUAUCUAUGAGUGUAAAUUGAAUGCAUUAUCACUAUUUGACAGCUAUUAUGGAUAAGAAAAUUGCACUUAAUUAUUUUCAGAGAUGUCAGGAUAACAUAACCAGAUCAUAUUUUAAAAUAAAUCUAAACGAAUUAUCAGAAUAUAAAACAUUUUCUUACAUGUGCAUAUACAGAGGUUUUCUUUCAGUUUAAAAUGGGUUGAACUUGAUAUAUUUCUCUAAUAUGUUUAGUAUCCUGUGUUUCUUACCCAGUUCUGACCUGUAUAUAAAGGUACACUAGGUAACUUUCCUGGUGGAGGAUGUGCCAUUUGCUUGCCUCCGAGGAGAUGCAUUUGCUUUGCCUGGAAUGUUCUGCAGUACGUAAUUUAACUUGUAUAUCUUACAUUUAUUCAUACAUCUGCAUCUGUACUUGGCCUGGGAGUAUCACCUGCUUGCUGCUUAAUGCCGUUCUGUGGAACAUUUCAGGCAAAGAAAUAACUUGUCCAGGGACACCUGUGGCAAACCCUGUAGAAGAAAAGUUACACAGUGCACCUUUAACAAUUUAAUCCUCAAACAUGGAAGGCAAAUUCAUUAUAUUGAUUAGAAGAGCAGUUGGUGUGGCUGGCCAGGCUAACAGUAAAUCAAUAUUUCAGAAUGCAAACUGACACCGAAACACAUUCUAAAGCUGUACUCCUCAGGAAAGGGCGCUCAUGGAGAUGUAGCAUCGAUGCACUUAAUAUUAAGAUGGAUUUAUUUUCAAGUUAAAUUAUAAAUAGUUGUCCUUCAUUUUUCUCUUUUCAUAAAUACUGCUGUAAUGUGGGUCAUAUGGAUAGUAUAUUGUCUAAAUACCAGUUUUACAGUACUUUCCUACUACUACUAUGACUACUACUAUGCUGCUACUACUACUUCUGUUACUACUUUGAAUGUUGUGACAGACUUAAAUGUGACAACUAAAUGUCCUUAUCCCUCUAAUUUUGCUUUAGUUUGUACAGAGUAUACUACCACCUACUACUGUCCUACUACUACUGAAUUGGUUUACACCUUGCAAAGAGAUUUUACAGCAUUUUUAGCUCAUCUUAGAUACUGCUAAAACUGGUGUCUAGUCAUUUCUAUCUUCAAUUAUACAAACACACAGAAAAUAAAUUAUUUAGAUUACAGAAAUAUAUUGACAUUCUAUUUUUUCUCUUUUUUCUUAAUGAUGCUGUGUGUAACUUUUCUUGUAGGGAUUCCACUACUUGCUUGUCUCCAUGGUGAUGUUAAUCUUUGCCUGCAAUGGUCCACUGUAUGGCGUUAAACUUAUCCAUCUUGAAUUUAUUCAAUUACGGGUAUUUUUGUUGCUCAAAAUUUCCUUGAAAAACAUGCAUUCCGAUAGUGAGCGGGCCUCUCCUGACCCGUAACUUGGCCUGGUGGUGCCACUAUUUGCCUCCAUAGAGAUAGAUACUUUUAAUGCCAUUCUGUAGAACAUUCCAGUUAAACCAAUCAAGUCGGAAUACAGGCAAGCAGGUGCCAGACUCUCCAUUAGAAAAGUUACAUAGUGGAGCUUUAACCAUAUCCUACAUUGAUUUUGUUGUUACCUGUAAAAGUAAAAUGGCCAGGGAUAUGCUGAAUCUUUAUGUCACUGAAAAAAAUGACCAGUUUUAAUUUUUAUUAAUAUAUGAAUUUACUUGUAUGCUGCCAGCUGUUACAGAAAUAUAAAUAUACCAUUAUGUUUUACUGCCAUAUCCAUAUAACUUGUAAUUUAAAAUGCCAGAGACUCUUUACAAACGGACAAUAGACUUCUGUUACACUAUCCGGCAUCUUAAACAGUAGCUUUUCUUGUUGAUGUUUUGAACUUUGGAGCAUAAGAAGAAACCACUGGAUCUGAAACUGCCUGUGAGAGAAUGAUGCACUGAUUAUUGGUUUGUGUGCCAUGCCUUUUACAAAAACAAUGAAAUAAACUGCCCUUAUGCUACAA